AUGGUCAAAGCAUAUACCUACUCUAAACGGGGAAAGCCUGCCAAUACAUUGAAUCAUGUUGAGGACUAUAAUCCACCCUCACUUCAAGAUGAUCAAGUUCGCAUCAAAGUCAAAGCAGUUGGGCUAAAUCCUGUAGAUUGGAAAAUAAUGGCCUUCGCGCCUACAUUUAUUGGUAAACGCCCGGCAGUUGCUGCUUCUGAUUAUAGCGGUACAAUUCUUGAAUCUAAAAGCGAAAACUUCAAACCAGGAGAUGAAGUUUACGGUAUCGUAUAUAGCUCCCUCAAAAUUGCUACUGGUUUGGGAAGUUUAGCAGAAGAGAUCACUGCUCCUGCUCAUUCUUGUGCUAAAAGACCGGAAAAUAUUGAACCUAUUCAAGCUGCUGGGAUCUCUCUGGUUGGCCUGACCGGUCUUGUACUAUCACAACAAGCAGACUUAGCAGCCAAAUUUUCCUCUUCUUCUUCUUCGGCCAAAAUUCGUGUUCUUGUAUGCGGCGGUGCUUCUUCCGUAGGACUUCAGUUGAUCUCUAUCUUACAUCACAAGGGAUACUAUGUUGCAGCAACAUACAGUGAAGCAAAGUAUGAUCUAGUGCUAGGCAGAGGCGCAGAUAAAACUUUCGAUUAUAAAAAGCCAGACAUGACAAAGACUUUAAUCGAAUUUGCUCAAAAGGAAGGUCAAUUCGACGUAAUUUUAGAUUGUGCAGAUGCAUUUGACAUUUGGAAGAUAGGUGAAAAGGUUUUGGUACCCAAUGGCUCAUACACGAAUGUAGGAAUGGAUCUAACGCAAGGCAUUAUCCCUGCUCUUCGCAGGUUAGUCUCUUACUUCCUUUUGCCUACCUGGCUGGGAGGCGUUGGAAGAGCAUAUAAAAGACCAGAAGAGAUCGCCACAAAAGAAAAUAUGAUUGAAUUGGAUGAGCUAGUACGAAAAGGUGUUGUUGUCCCAUUGAUUGACUCUGAAUAUGAAUUCGAAAAGUCUCUAGAUGCUUUUGCCCAUUUGAUGAGCAACAGAGCUACGGGCAAAGUUAUCAUUAAGCUUCAAAAUGAAUAUGUACAUUUUCCCACGAGCAUUUAAUGAUUUCGUAUUCG